GCUAUAAACAUGAUAUACAUGUAGCUAGUUAACCGUGCCUGUAGAUAAAAUAUAGUAAUAGUACAUACAGGCCUAUCUAAUACAAGAAAAUGGCAGCUUUUGAAAUAGACAUAGUUACAAUGAAUAUCAUUGGAACACUGAGAUCGGGGCUAAAGACAUUUACUUCACGUGACUCAAGCAAUGAAACCACAACUCAUGAUUCCAAAACAUCAUUUAAUUUAGAUGCUGGAGCAGAUCUACUUCAAAGAUAUCAACUUAUAUGGAAAGAGCUCCAUGAAAACACAGAGCAAAAUGCAAGGCGAGCAGAGGAGGUUGAUGUUUUGAUAAACAACCUUUUUGUGGAAUAUGACAGAAAAAAUGAAGUCCUGGGAAAACUCCAUGAAAGUGUGAAAUCACUUCCUCUCAUUUUAUCGGAGCUACAAAGUCUUACAGAUGUUUUAGCUACACUAGAUGAGGAGUAUGACCAUGUAGAGUCAGCACUGAUACAACUGGAGAAUAUAUGUGAGAAACAGGAACUACAGAAUGCAAAACUGGUGGACUCUCAAAAACUGGCAGCCUACCGCAACAGGAAGAUGGAUGAUUUAGAGAAGUUAAAGGUGCAACUUGCAAAAGACCAUAUGAAAUCCGUUCAGAAAUUAGAAAAACAUAAACAAAAAGAGCUGAAGGAGAGACAGGAAACAUUCCAGAGUGCUUUUGACCAGGAUAUUGACUUUUACAGAACACAUGGCAGAUUAGAACGUUUGUCUGUAUCCAGUUCAGACAGUGGUAAGAGGGCUGACCUUGGAGACAUAGUGGUGGACACUGACCAGCAUGCCCUGGAUGAUUUCCUCCAGGAAGAGGACACCACACCCUCUGUAGAAGCAGUAACCACCGAUAAGACAGAGGACACGCUCAGUGAUUACGAGGAAGACCCGCUCGUUGUUAGGAGCUCAGAGGAUGUGGAGGUCGAGGACGAAUACUACGAGGAUGACCUUGGGGCCUCCCACGGGGACCAGGAACCUUACUCAGACUCCGAGGAUGUGACGGAGGGGAGUGAUAGUGAAAAAACGUCCACCACUAAGCCACAAAGCUGAUGCAUUGUGCUUGUGAAACAAAAUAAUUCAUUACUUUCAUAAUAUAUGAACUAUUUGAAGUUUAUUUCAUUUGUGCUUUAUAGAAAAACAAUAACGCAUGAAUGUUUGUAUUACACUUUGUGAUUGUUUUUUAAUGUGGAAAAUAAUGCAGUUAUGAAUAUACAAUGUAUUAGGUUACACACGUUUUAAUUAUGUUUAUCAAUUAUAUGCUGUUAUAUUAAAUAAUCUAUUGAAUACAU